GACCCGCCUAUAAACGAGUUUUAACGUUUAUUUGCGGAGCCUCGAGCGAGUCAGUAAUUAACGCAAUGAUAAAAUAGAGAGCUUUCGACGACGAAGUCUUAAAAUAGUUUUUUAAGUCCGUCGUUUUACAACUUUAUUUACUUCCGUUUCCAUAGCAACGAGGAACAAACGCAGGAAGCACGCGAGCCGGGCGACAUGGCGGAAGUCGAAGACACUUUAAAGAGGAUUCAAGGCAUUAGCGGUGUUAUUGGUACAAUCGUCGUUAACGCAGAAGGCAUUCCCAUCAGAACGACUCUGGAUAACUCGGCGACGGUGCAGUACGCCGGACUGCUGCAUCAGCUGACUCUGAAAGCCCGGAGCACGGUCAGAGACAUCGACCCCCAGAACGAGCUGACCUUCCUGCGCAUCAGGUCCAAGAAGCACGAGAUCAUGGUGUCCACAGAUCACAAACAGGGUACCGGUCAAGCACAGUAAUAUCAUGGUUGGUGGAGCACUUGGAAGCGGUGCUAAAGUCCUGCUGGAAGGACGUCAGUUUCUCCGUAAAACUUGAUGGAAGAUGGAAGCCUGCUCCAAAAUCAGCUGAUAGACGGCUGCAUUGACUUUGGACUUGAUAAAACACAAUGGACAAACACCAGAAGACUCUGACUUCAGAAACUUCACACUGGAUUCAAGCAUCUUGGGUUCUGUGCCUCUGCAGUCUUCCUCCUCCUGAUCUUGAUUUCCAAAUAAAAUGCAGUGAUUUUGCUCCUAGGUAAGAUGACGUCUGGUAGCUCUUUUCCUGAAGACUCUCGAUGCACUGAAUCCAGGUUCAGUCCACUCCGUGUGAAGCUCUCUGAGUGUCUGAAUCAACUUUUCUUGACAGUCCUGCAGUCAUCCCUGUUGCUUGUGAACCUUUUCCUACUCUAUGUCUAUAUUCCAGUCAACUUUGUAUUUAAUAUGCUUUG